UCAUUAUGUGAUUUUUCUCUUGUCUGUUUCUUGGGUGAGAGAGAGAGAGAGAGAAGGGAAUUUCACUUGAGCGACGGAAAUAGUAGAGAUUAGAGAGUUCGAUCGAGAGAGAGAGGGAAGAGAUGAGGGAGAUCAUAAGCAUUCAUAUAGGACAAGCAGGGAUUCAGGUCGGGAAUUCUUGCUGGGAAUUGUAUUGCCUCGAGCAUGAAAUUCAACCAGAUGGGAUGAUGCCUAGUGACACUUCAGUAGGUGUUGCACAUGAUGCUUUUAACACCUUCUUCAGUGAGACUGGUACUGGAAAGCAUGUACCUAGAGCUGUAUUUGUUGAUUUGGAAUCAACUGUCAUUGAUGAAGUCAGAACUGGGACAUACCGACAACUUUUUCAUCCAGAGCAACUUAUUUCUGGAAAGGAAGAUGCUGCUAAUAACUUUGCAAGAGGACAUUACACUGUGGGGAAGGAAAUUGUAGAUCUAUGCCUUGAUCGAGUGAGGAAAUUAGCUGAUAACUGCACUGGUUUGCAAGGGUUUCUGGUAUUUAAUGCCGUUGGUGGUGGCACUGGUUCUGGUUUGGGUUCUCUGUUGUUAGAACGCCUGUCUGUGGAUUAUGGGAAAAAGUCAAAGCUUGGGUUUACCAUCUAUCCUUCACCUCAGGUUUCUACUGCAGUUGUGGAGCCUUAUAACAGUGUUCUUUCCACCCACUCUCUCCUUGAACAUACAGAUGUGGCUGUGCUCUUAGAUAAUGAAGCUAUAUAUGACAUUUGCAGGAGAGCCCUAGAUAUUGAGAGGCCAACAUACACAAACUUAAACCGCUUGAUAUCCCAAAUCAUCUCCUCUUUGACUACUUCCUUGAGGUUUGAUGGAGCCAUCAAUGUUGACAUUACAGAGUUCCAGACAAACCUUGUACCAUAUCCCCGCAUCCAUUUCAUGCUCUCCUCAUAUUCCCCUGUCAUCUCAUCUGAGAAGGCAUAUCAUGAGCAACUAUCAGUUCCUGAAAUCACAAACGCAGUCUUUGAGCCAUCAAGCAUGAUGGCAAAGUGUGACCCAAGGCACGGGAAGUACAUGGCCUGCUGCUUGAUGUACCGUGGAGAUGUUGUUCCCAAGGAUGUUAAUGCCGCAGUUGCAACCAUCAAGACCAAGAGAACUGUUCAAUUUGUUGACUGGUGUCCAACAGGGUUCAAGUGUGGAAUCAACUAUCAACCUCCAACUGUGGUCCCUGGGGGCGAUCUGGCGAGGGUGCAACGUGCUGUAUGCAUGAUCAGCAACAACACAGCAGUAGCGGAGGUGUUCUCACGCAUUGAUCACAAAUUCGAUCUCAUGUAUGCCAAACGAGCAUUCGUUCACUGGUAUGUGGGUGAGGGCAUGGAAGAAGGGGAGUUCUCGGAAGCCCGUGAAGAUUUGGCUGCCCUUGAAAAGGACUAUGAGGAAGUUGCGGCAGAUGGUGUUGAUGAUGAAGAUGAAGAAGGUGAGGAUUAUUGAGUAGUUUGCAACGUAGUAGUAGUGGUUUGUUUGCGGGUGCAGUGACUUGUUACAAUUUGGUCGGUCAUCUCUUCUCAUUGCUACUCUGGCCUUUCUUUGGUGGUUGUAUUAUUUCCCAGGAUACCAUUGUAUCGGUGAUAAAAUAUCCCAACUUAUUUAGUCGGAUUCAGAUAAGCCUGGCACUCCUGUUUCCUGUAUUGAUAAAUUUGAUAUGACACUUGAUCCCCC